UAGGGAAUUCCCCAGAACCACAUGCGUAAUAGAACCAAGAGACAAUGGCGACUGAUAGGAGCCUUGCUGAGCUGCUGCAGCAAGCAGAGUCGCUGCGUACUGACAUGCAGACGGGCGAGGAGCUGCCUAGUGUGCACAGAAACCUUCACCAGAUUGCCGAGGCAGGACAGAGGCUCCUGGACAAGAUAUCUGGUGUUCAAGCCAUCGACGAGAGUACAGAUGCUAAAGCGUCGAUCCUACUCGGUUCCCGAGGGUUCAAUGUGCCCAAACUCUCUCAGAAGCUAGAGAGUCUGAACGCCACCAAGACUCUUGAGCCGAUAGAGCCAGUGUGGGAGACCGACGUGCAGGGCUUCCUCAAGAAUGAGAGGGAGAACACUCUCCUAGCCAUCAUUGAGGAAUCACGGAAAAAUACAUUUGCGGAGGCAGAGCGUCAUCAUUGGCGGAGUCUAGAGGACGAGUGGGAACAAGAGAAGGAGAAGAUACUCAACUCUCUACUGGGCUCCAGUCAGGAGCUCGAGGUACCCUCUGAAUCAAAGCUGGUCCACGCCACCCCACUGAGUAUGCACGGGCGCAGUGCACUAGAUGCGACUGGAAUGGCGUACGCUCGUGAGGUGUAUGUUCGUAACGAGGCUAAACUACAGGGGCUCUCCCACAACCUAGUCACUGCCUUCCAAGAGGCCAGUAAGUCCUUCCCUGACCAGAAAGUAUGUGAGUGCUGGUCCCUAUUGAAGCAGCUGGUGGAUGUUCCCAGACUACCCCCCAGGGCUUGUGAACAUCGUACGCUGCCAAUGCUACAGAAGUCCUUCGUCAUGCAAGCCAGGCACUACCUGGAGGACAGCUAUCUCCAGUUUGUGCAAGACUCCGUGUAUUCAAACCUGCCUCAGGCAAAACUGGGUGGAGUCCCAGGCACUCUGAAAUUGGUCAAUAGUUUCCUUCACUUGCGUGGCGUAGUGAACAUGCCGGGGCUGGAGGAUGAGUGCGUGGGCGGGCAGCCUGUGUGGGCGUUAGUGUUCUACUGUAUGAGGUGUGGGAGCUUGGAAGAUGCCCUCGAGGCAAUCACUCAUGCUUCAAGUUGUUCUGAUUUUGCCGGCUACCUUCAGGAGUAUGUGCAGAGUGAGGAUCAAAGACUGAGUCCAUCCUCGGAGGCCAAGCUGCAGGUGCACUAUAGGCGUAGUGUGCGUACAAGUACUGACCCCUACAAGAGGGCAGUCCACUGUCUCCUAGCUCGCUGUGAUGUGAGUGAUAAUCAUCCCGAGGUGGCCACCAAGACUGAAGACUACAUGUGGUUCAAGCUAAGUCAAGUGCAGUUUGGGAGGAGUGAUGACCACACCCCCUCUACAAGCCACGCCCACCUCACUGGCGACAAGGUCUCCCUGCCCGAGCUACAGCACACACUAUUGGAGAAGUUUGGAGAGGCUCACUUCAAUGCUCACCAACAGCCACUCCUCUUCUGCAAGGUCUUACUGCUCACAGCUCAGUUCGAGGCAGCUAUAGAGUUUCUCUCGCGUAUUGAGAUGUUCCAGAGUCACGCGGUCCACUUUGCCAUUGCCCUGCACGACAUGGAGUUGCUUAAUCUCACUGACUCUAUUCAAUCAAAACUGUUGGUCAAGGACCCCACCGGAGUGCACAAGCUCAACUUUGCUCGCUUAGUGAUGAGCUAUACGAAGAAGUUUUCUCUGACAGACCCCAGAGAAGCACUCGAGUACUUCUACCUCCUCAAGGGCAUGAAGGGCCCUCAGGGCGGUGACUUGUUUGCAGACUGUCUAGGUGAGCUAGUGAUGGAGAGUCAAGAGUUUGAGAGCAUCCUGGGGCGCAUGCAAACCAACGGCACACGCAAACCCGGGGCAGUGGACAAGUUCCAGACAGAUACGUCCGAAGUGAUUCGAUUAGUGGCCCGAGGGACAGAAGAGAGGGGACUGUACGAGGACGCAGUGAGACUCUACGAUCUGGCUCAGGACCAUAAUAAAGUGUUGGAGCUGCUCAACAAACAGCUGAGUCGUGUAGUGUCAUCACCAGGCUCCGCCCACUCUGACAGGGAGCGUCUUCAAGGCCUGGCCGUGACUAUAGCUGAACGCUACAAGCAGCUGGGUCAUAGAGCAUCCCGUGGUCUCAGUCAAACAUUCUACCUCCUGUUAGACAUCAUGCAAUUCUUUGAUCACUACCACAACAAGAGGAUUGACGUGGCCUUCGACGUGAUCAAGCAGCUGCGACUCCUUCCCCUACAAGAUGGAGAGACGGUGGAUCAAAAGGUGGCGGCCUUCAGGGGCUAUGAUGAUGAAGUGAGGAGAUGUCUACCUGAUAUUCUCCUGGCAACCAUGAGCAUCCUCUACACACAGUACAAACAGAUCAGUGUGUCCACUCCUCGAGGUGCUGCCUUUGCUGCUGACGAUGGGGGACAGAAAGCACACAUGUCUGGGCUGCGACACAAAGCUAAGACCCUAAUCACCUUCUCUGGGAUGAUCCCCUAUCAGAUGCCUGGAGACACGAAUGCACGACUAGUGCAAAUGGAGGUUCUCAUGAGCUAAACAAUUACCAUGGAGACUAUCUUGUGAACACACUACCAAAUAACACAUGCAUUUUGUUAGAAUUAUAAAUCAAUGUUAUUGGAUUCAUGGUUGUCAUUAAUUGUUAAGCAAAACAUCGAA